AUGGAGGACAGAAUAUCCGAAUUGCCAAUACCUAUACUUCACCACAUCUUCUGCUUCCUCACCCAGAAAGAAGCUGUCAAAACUUGUGUACUCUCCAAACAAUGGCGCCACCUCGGAUCAACCCGUCCCAACCUCGACUUCUCCCAAGAAUGGUUCAACAACACCAACCAAAAAAUUUUCUCCGUGGUCGAACGAACUUUACAGCGUUGCCGUGAUGAAAGCCUCCCCAUACACGAACUCCGUCUCGACGUAACAGCAGCCGUCUCCUUUCUCGGAAAAUCGGUCCCGAUAGUCGACCGCAGUCGUGUUCUCGGCGACCAUUUGCCUGUGGUGGUGGUGAACUUGGAAUACUUGCACAUAGGGGGUUGCUUGGCCGUGAGCGGAUUGGACACGAGGCGCGUGCUCUCUUACUUUCAGUUCAACAUCCUGUUUGUAAACGAGAACUUCAUGACCAAACCCUGCUCUUGUAGCACGAUUUCGAGCAAGUGUUUGUGGAAACUCUUGAGGGGAAACGAUGGCAGGUCGUGCGGUGGACAAAUCUGGAGGAGUUGCGAAACCGAAAGCAAGACGGGAAGAUUCGCCUUAGAUUGA